CGAACAGCUUGCAUCGCGGAGAGCGACUUUAUUUAAACUAGAAGCGGCGCCCCUUGACCCGUCGCAGUUCUGUUUGUUAGAUUCAUGCCACAUACUGUGACCCCUGCAAUCCACAGGAAUCAUGGCCCUCGUAAAGCAACUGGUUGCGCUGCGCCGAAAGGCUGGUCUGACGAAAGAGGAAUACUGUGAUUAUCAUUAUCAAAAGCACGGUGCUGUAAGUACUGCGCCAACUGCCGCCGAAACCCCUAGCAAAUACUUCCAAACGCAUUUCAUUGAUGCAGCAUAUCAUGCGGACCCAACGCAGAAGGCUCCCAAUGCCCACCCACCGUGGGCAUUCAGUGAUGGUGUGACGGAGCUGUAUUUCGACUCACCAGAGCACCUCAAGCACGUCUUCAAGUCGGAGUGGGUAGCCCAGAAAGUGGGACCCGAUGGCGCCAACUUUUCAGACUUCAGCGCAGUUCUUCCGAUGUUUGUGAGAGAGGACACGGUUCCCUUACCCAUUGCCGGUGCCUCUGCCUCCCAGACACACCAGCUGGGAGAGAAUGCCUUCGUCGCCAUGUAUUUUGUUGCACUGUCCAAUGUGGAGAUAGCGUCAGAAACAGUAAUCUCGGAGCUGGUAUCGUGUGUAGAUGACCAUGCAUCACAAGAAGUGCUAGCAAUGCUUGUUAACACACCUGAUGAUACUGAUUUUAAUUUGGGUGCUUACUUUGGAGGGGAGCCUCCGGUGCACUUUCAUUUUAUUUUCACGAUUACAUUGCGGGGUAAACAAUCGAUCAUUGCUAUCCGCAAAGCCCAGAAAGACUUUGAAGAAAGGGUCCAGUCUCUCGAUCUGCCCGCUACAUGGAUUGGCUUUGGAGAGCGCGCCGUGGUGCUAGACCAGACCGAGAAUAUCACAGUAAGCCGGACCCUCUUCCUCUCUGAUCCCACAGGACUACAACUAAUCACUUAAGUUGCAGUUUGAUCCAAGACGCCAACCUUUC